UAUUACUCAUUCAGCUUAAACUUCAAAAACAGAACAUGGAUGCAAAACCGAUUUCUUCCCCAAUUGUCACACACGCUAAAGCAGCAAUUCAGCCGUAGCUUUAUUAUACUCGAGCUCCUAUCUUCUCUUCGCUCUGUAUAGCAGUUUUUGAGGAUCGGUUUUGGAAGUUGGAGAAUUUUGUAUCUGCUUAAGCAUCAUGGCUGGCCUAGAGAUGAACGACUGGAAAAAAAUUGGACUGGGAUUAACUGGAUUUGGCGUUUUCUUCUCAUUUCUGGGGAUCAUUUUCUUCUUCGACAAGGGACUACUUGCCAUUGGAAAUAUCCUAUUCAUCUCAGGGGUGAUCAUUACCAUUGGAAUCAAGUCCUCCUUGCAGUUCUUCAUGAAGAGAAACAACCUAAAGGGCACAAUCUCUUUUGGUGUGGGCUUCUUGUUUGUUAUCAUUGGGUGGCCUGUAAUAGGAAUGGCUUUAGAAACUUAUGGCUUCAUCAUACUCUUCAGUGGCUUCUGGCCCACACUAGCAGUUUUUGUGCAGAAAAUACCGGUUAUUGGUUGGGUGUUUCAGUAUCCGUCUAUUAGAUCGUUCUUGGACCGCUACCGUGGCAAAAGGGUGCCCGUAUAAACGAAGAAGGAUGACACUUGUAAGCCUCGUUCAUAAAUUGAAGAGGGGUUUCUUUCUAGACUCUAGGCUCACGUUACGUUUACUUCUUGUUAACUUCCUUAUGCAAAUAGAAACUUAAUAUCUCGUUUCAUCUCAAUAUUUGGCUGUGUAUAACAUCUCACCAUCUUCAGCUCAUUGUUAGAUUAGAUA